CUACAGUUUGACAGUUCGCUUUUGUAUGUAUUGAGUCAUACAGUGAAUGUUAUGCGUGUCAAUUUUUGUUCAGUCAACAUCGGUCAACAUAUUCAUUGUUCGGAAAAACAAGUAUUAUUUUGUAAAUAGCUUUAAAAACAUAAAAAUUAGGAAAAAUGAAUAUCAUUGACACGCUGUACGAUAAUGAGGAUUUGUCCACGGACGAGGGCAUCGAAGCAAUAUGCGAGAAAAUUAAGAAUUUAAACAGUGGAGUAAACGGUCGACUGGAUGAGUUGUUGGGCCGGCAAUCAAAAAUUGAACGCCAAAUGAAUAAUAUUGGCCGUUCGUUGGCUGGUUUGAAUGUGGCAAACGAUGAGGCUAACAAGGUGAACUCAAUGGUUGAGAACACUUCGUCUUUGGCGGAAAAUGUGAGUGCCAAGGUUCGACGAUUGGACGAAGCGAGAAAACGUGUCUCUGAAUGUCAACAGCGCGUACACGAUUUGAUCGAUUUGCAAGUGUGUUCGCAGGGUGUAAUUGCUGCUAUCAAAUCGGAAGAUUUUGAAAAAGGUGCUGGUCACAUCAAUCGAUUCCUGUCAAUGGAUGAGAAACUACUCCAGCGAACCGCUGACGAUGUUUCCGGCUCAAUAACAUCGGUGAAUCGAGCGUUCAAUACGCUCACCGAAGCAACGACUCAACUGCGUCAAAUUAUAAACAAAAAGUUCGACGAGGCGGUUGCAAAAGAUGAUUUAGCAUCGGUUGAGCGAUUUUUUAAGAUUUUCCCACUGUUGGGUAAGCAUCAGGAUGGUAUAGAAAAGUUUGCCGGUUACAUUUGUGUGAAAUUGGAGAAGAAAUCUCAGAAAGAGCUACGGAACUCAUUGGAUAUGGCGAAGGCAGAUAAUCGAGUUGCUAUUGCAUAUGCUGACGUCUUGACACUGUUGUUUGAGAACUUUGCACGAGUCAUGGAAGUGAAUCAGCCAAUCAUUGAAAACUACUAUGGUUAUGGCUAUUUGAUUGAUCUGUUCAGAAUUCUGCAAAGGGAAUGUGAUAGCGAAGUGAAGAAAACAAUUGCGGAAUUUAACAAAAAUCGACACAUUCAACGUCACAUGCAGAAAAUCAAUGACUUCCAAAAGUCUAGUGGUCAACAAGGGCUGGGACACUUUCGCAAACCUUCAGGUGGUUCGGUUGAUAAACUCAAUCCAAAGGAUAUUGAUGGUCUCUUGAUAGAAAUCACCGUAAUGCACGCUCGGGCUGAACUCUAUAUCAAAUUCAUGCGACGCAGGAUUACGAAUGAUGUUGAUAAAACAUUGGAUCCAACGGAAUCGGCCAAAAUUGUUGAGAAUAAUCUAAAAACAUUUGAAGAAAUCGUUUCAAAAUCGGUGCUGAGCGUUCAAAUGCAAGAGCUACUCGGAACGUAUUUGUUGUUUGAAGGGUAUUUCAUGGAAGAAAGUAUUUUGAAAGCGAUUGCUUUGGAUACAUUCGAACCAGGGCAGAAGUGUUCAAAUGUUGUGGACGAUGUAUUUUUCAUUAUUCGCAAGUCAAUAAGACGGUCCAUUGAAACCCAAUCAAUCGACGGUGUGUGUGCCGUAAUAAACAAUGCUGCCACUUCACUUGAGGAAGAUUUUGUGUCAGCAUUAAAGACGCCGCUUAAAAAUGGUUAUCCAUCGGGCUACAUUGAUUUGGCGCAGGCAUACAAUGCAUUCCAAACAUCAAUUCAGCAGGGAAAACUGCAAACAAAUGAUAACGAACAAUCCAGAGCCAAUUUCAUAGUUCAGUUAAACAAUGCGGAUAUGUCGACGGAAUUUAUCGAAACGCUAACGAACAGUGUCAGUGAAGAUAUUAGAUGUGCCUUCCCACGAAUAUCACCAAAAGUGAGUGGAUUGGUUGAGAGCUGUUUGGCUGGAAUGAAGUCGGUGCGUGAUACAUUGAAAGCGGUCGUUGAUUUUGGAUUGCAGCAAUUAAGAUCAACAGCAAUUAAACCACGACUUCAUACAUGGAUCGAUCAAUUCAUUUCGUUAAACCAUACUUUAACCGAUGAAGAAUUGGCCAACUAUGAAGCUGGCGAAACGUUUGCACAUUCAUUAAUUCAUCAGUUAGAUACGUUACUGAAGUCGUUCCAAAAUGUGAUGAACAGCAGAAACUACGAUGCUUUGGUGAGCAUCGUUGCCACCGAUGCCACAGCUCGAUUGGAACGUGCGAUCAAAAAAUCAUCAUUCAAUCGAUUGGGUGGCCUGGUUUUAGAUCAAGAAGUUCGUGCACUUGGAUCGUAUUUAACAGCCGCAACAUCUUGGUCAGUUCGAGACAAAAUGAUUCGAUUGACACAAAUUGCGACACUUUUGAACUUAGAAAAGUUAUCCGAAGUACAAGAGUACUUGAACCCAGGCGAACAAGAAGAUCGCACGACAUGGCGUUUAACAACAUCAGAAGUGAGAACGAUUUUAGCGUUGAGGGUCGAUUUCAAAAUGGACGAAAUUAAACGAUUAAAAUUUAAUUAGGAUUUGUUUAACCAUAGCACUUAUUUGAAUGUAUAAUAAUUAAUCAGUCAAUUGAUAAAAUGUUCAAAAUAAUGAAUACAUAGUUUAAAAUGACUACAAA